AUUCAAGGAACCUCUAGAAUCAAUCUUGCCCAGCCCGCCUUGGAUUCAGGAGUCUUUACUUACUUCGAUACCCGUUCCUUAAUGUUGCGGCGGCCAUUCGCACAUAUUCAUCUCUUUGCCAUCGAGGUGCUGGUGUGCCCACGUUUGUAGAGAUAUACACGCCAUCGUCGAACAAUCCUUACCGACUGGGAACACAGCAUCGGUCUCCAUACAUCCAGCGCGAUGAUUCAGCGACGUUUCAUACCCAUCACGGCGAUUGCGGCAGUCAUUAUCUUCCUCUUCUACUACCACAGUACAUCGAUCGAAGCGACAUGGCGGAGGAUACCGCAACACAUUGGUCUAGGCGACAAGUUCGACGAGGUGCUGGAUCCAGACCGCGGACAGCAACAUGACCCGACUGAAGACCUCAAGAAUUGGAAUCCGAAAAUGGACUUCCGUCCUGGCGAGAGUAGGCCUAUGGGAUACAAUUUCAGCACGUUGCUGGUAAUGGCCACGACAAAGGAGGAGGACACAAACUGGGUGCAGGAACUGAUUCCUAACCAACCGAUUGCAAAAUACGUUGCCAACGACCCGAGCGCGAAGUACCACCCGCCGAAGAACAAAGGCCACGAAGUCAUGAUUUACUUGUCAUGGAUCAUCGACAACUACCACGACCUGCCCGACGUCACGCUCUUUAUGCACUGGCAUCGCUGGACCUGGCACAACAACGAGAUCAUGGGUCUCGAUUCGUCCGAGAUUGUCAAGCGUCUCAACCCGAACCGCGUGAUCCGCGAGGGCUUCAUGAACCUGCGCUGCCACUGGCACCCCGGUUGCCCGGACUGGAUGAAGCCCGGCGCGACCGACGACGACGAGCACCGUCCCGAACAGCGCGAGCUAGCAAAAGCGUGGAGUGAGCUUUUCCCGCUGGAUCCCAUUCCGCAGGUGUUGGCCGGCAUGUGCUGUGCGCAAUUUGCCCUGAGCGCGGACCGAAUCCGGGCGCUUCCACUGUCGCGGUAUGUCUACUACCGCGACUGGCUGUUGCGGACGCGGCUGGAGGAUGGGAUCAGUGGGCGCGUGUGGGAGUACGUGUGGCACUUUAUCUGGACUGGGGAGACGUUUCAUUGCCCCGAGGAGCAUGUCUGCUACUGCGACGGCUACGGCUUCUGCUUCGGCGGCCGCGAUCAAUACAACGAAUAUCAGGAGAUUAAUGGGAAGAAGCGUGGCUGGGAGGGCAAGCUGCGCGACUGGCGGAACAAAAAGGAGGCCAUCGAGAAGGCCGAGAAAGAGGGCAAGACGGAGGAGCUCAAGAAGCUGGAGAAGCCGGAGCCUGGCAAGGAUGCCGAGUUCGAGAAGGAGAUUCAGAAAUAUAACAAGAUCUUGGACGGGCUGAGGGAUAAUGCGGUCAAGAGGGGCAAUGACCCGAAGACGAGGGCGGAGGAGCUGGGGAGAGAGUGGAAGGAAGGAGAUGGGUUUUGAGAGUGUUGGCUUUGGGGUAUGGGGUUGGGGUGUAUCAUAAUAUCGGGUGGGUGGGCAUGGUGAGAUGCAUUGUCUGGUGUGUCUUCUACAGGUGGCGGAGUCUAAAUAUACGCGGCUCUUGCGGGCAGCAUUCAUCAGAGGCAUCAUCAAUCGAGAAGUUUUAUCACAGGAGAUGCUUGCGGUGUCUCUUACUGAUGUCCGUGGACGAUGAGAGUCAGAUUCAGGACUACCUAGGUAAGUGGAAUGUGAGUACAUGGC